AUGUCGGUGGAACCGGAAGUCAAAUUCCUCGUUUCCGGUGCUCUACGCAAUACACCAGUAACAGCGGAAGAAGUUCAGGAGAAAACACGACACGACCACCUGCUCAAGAAGGUCACAGAAUUCCUCCACACACGUUGGCCGAAAUCGUGCGACUCCACCGAAUUGGGUCAGUUCUUCCAACGGAAAGAUUCGUUAUCGAUUGUGAACGAUUGCACUGUGUUCGCUGAAAAAGGUUAUGAUUCCAAGGACGCUACAGAAAAGAGUGUUCCAACGAUUCCACACCGGACACCCGGGAAUCAACCGCAUGAAGUUACUCGUCAGUAG